UAUCAGUCGCAGUGGAAUGCAAACUACAAAGCAAACAUUGGAGACUCCAAUCGGUCGAUUAUUUACGCAAAUCAACAAAACUUACAGAAAAAGUAACAAAUCUAUUAUUGUAAAUAAUGAGUGAUUUACUAGACGAUGAUUUGGAGUUUCGCGGCGGUACCUUACAAUUAUCGUCGGAUAAUAUCAAUGCAGAGAAUGCGGAAAACAGUCAAAACAAUACUGCAGAAAGAGUGAAUAGAAAUAAAACAAAAUCAAAUGCUAAUUCUUCUGUUCUAUCAGGUGCCGAUUCUUUAUCAUCAUCCACAUCAUCUUUUGCUGAUGCAAGAACAGAAGAACGAAGGACCGAGGGAGCAGCUGCUUCCUCAGAAUCAGUACAAACUGUAUACCCUCGCUACGAUGUGCCAUUUAAUAGUGAAAAUAUUAAAGAUUUCUUCACAUUCCGUAAGGGAGUCGUGGAAAAUGCAAUCCAGGAAUGUAUAACUGCAUUGUUGUUCCCUGAAGACGGGGAAUAUUUGGGUUCAUGGUUAUUGACUGAAAUAACCUUAUGGGACAAUGAAAAGGAGCGAAUUGUACUCCUUACUUCCAGACUAGUAAUGACUAUAAAAUAUGACUUUAUUGCUAUGAAACAAUUGGACUUCAAGAAGACAUAUCUAGAUGAUUUAGACACCAUAGUUAUUGGAGAGUUGGUAUAUCCACCAUCAUCUUUAGUACCUCGACUUAACGGCAUCGCCACCGGUGUGUCGACGGUAGUCAAAGACUGCGUCAUAGACCGCCUGUGCAGGAGGCCUAGCUCCAGCAACGAGGACACUAAACUGUUCGAUCCCAAGUAUUUUGAACCUAGGGAGCGGAACUUACGCGGCGUCCGCCUAAUGUGGAACAAAGGGGAGCCCCUGCCUCUGAAGACUGUGUGGAACCCCUUCAGCCAGGACGUACCUUUUCUGACGUUUGCUUCACAUCCCAUUUACUGGCAUAAAGAUGGCGGUCCCGAGGAAAAGGCACCUUUCGAUAUGGAGAUAUUUGCUCAAAAACUUCAAAGAGCCAUAGAAGCCAUGCCUUCAUCAGCGUGCUGCAUCCACCAUUCACCGGUGGUGAUACAGAGCUACGUGGGUGUUACAUCGCUGCUGCAUAACAAAACUAGUAUGGGCUUCUUCAAGGUCAGAGGGAAGUUUAGUUUUUAAUGUCGGUAGGGCGGCGCCACUGUCGCAGUUGUUAAUAGUGAUUGGAGCACUACACGGUCUGCUACAUAGAUAGGUGAACAAUACAGACUAUAUGCUAUUAUUCAAAAUACUUGUAUUUUAUCCCACUGUCUUUAUUAAAAUGUUUCAGAAAUUAAUCUGGCGUGUUUGAAAAUAUUACGCUUUAUUUUUUAAAUAAUAUUAAUAUUUAUUUAGCUGUUUGGCCCCGGAAUGAAAUAGGAUACCGUUAAUCGCCUCUUACGACAUCCACGGGAAAAGAAGACUUUCCUGUGUGUGUCGUAAAAGGGAAUUUAAGGGUCGAGAAAUGGGCAGCCUUUUAAAGCGCCACCUAACCUAACUGCGUUUGCCAGCCCAACUGCCAGCUACCUGGUACAUUGCUAGCAAUAUACUCUGUCAAGUUGACCUCCACGUGAUUUCCCUUGCCAACCAUCGUACUGAAUCCUAAGUGUAUUCAUCACGAUGGGCUAACUGACCUGCUUUUUCAUCCUCACCUAUCAUCCCUCACUGGUGCCCCACCAGUGUAUACCGAUAGCGCAGGCGGGUUUAUCAUUUUAUUAUCAUUCAUUAGAAAAAGCCCAACUGCCAAGCGUGGUAGCUAUUGGCAAACCCCCCCCAAGGAGGAGGCCUGUUUCCACCAAUGAACAAUUAACGGUUGAUAAAAUGUUGGAUUUUCAAAUACUCCUGAAGAUGAAGUACAAGUAUUUUGAAUAAUAUUAAAUAGUCGAUAUAAUGAAGUUACAUCCAGAAAUCAUAACACAAAUAGUGAAUUAAAAGAAAUUUUAUUGCAUUAUUAAUAAGGUUGACAUUUGAUUGUGUUCAAAUACUUUUGUUGCCGAUAGUUUGUAUAAAAAUGAGAAGAGUUUAUGGGUGAAAAUAGAGCUGUCCAUAUGACAGGAGUGUUCAGCGGGCCGACUUCCAUUUGAUGUCGAUUCGAUGUGAUUCCAUUCGAUUGAUUCCAAUUCGAUUGUUCAAAGUCAGCCUGCUAUUCGAAUAUGGCCUUUUUAUGGUACAAAGAAUCGUAAACGAAAGUAAUGCCUACAUGUCUUUGUUGUAGUGGACGUUCUUAGUUGAUAAAAAUUUCGUGUCUACAUAUAAUAGAUUCAAACUGUUUUAUGCUCUAUUUCUAUAUACUUAAACGAAAUUAACCUUCAUAGACUUUUAGCCUGCGAUAAGUGGAACGAGUUGUAAAAUGUUAAAUGUACUAAUUAUGAACACAUUUUCCUCAAUUAACUUCUGAUAUUUGAUCAAAUAUAUGGACUAAUUGAUUCUGUGCUAAGUACUAUUGGAAUGUCUGUGGAGUUUUUAGAGUUUUGUAUGAAAUAGUUUCGAGUAUCUAAAUUUUUUUUUUAUGUUGAGGCCAUAAUUCGAUUGAAUCAUUUUUGUGUAAAAGUUCAUAUCAUAUCUGUUUGAACGAAUUGUUAUUUUUUUUCUAAUUUUUUUCAAAUAUUUAGCUACUAAAAAAGUAUAUUUUUUUAAUUUCAAUUGAUUCUAAAUAUUCUUUGCGUAUGUAACUAGGUUAUUCUGGCCAAAAUGUUUCAACUAACAUUCCCAUAAAAAUACAUACAAAAAUAUGAUCUAUUGUAUCAAGGAAUAAAGUUAUUUAUAAUUUGCCCUUUGCAUUGACACUUUUUUACACACAACUGAAUCGGUUGUGUGUAAAAAUUGUUGUCUCUUGCACCUAUUGAAAUUAAUGCCAUUAAUUACAUUCUUAAUUUUAUUUAUCAUUAUUUAAUUAUCAUUAUGUCACUGUUGAUUUUAUCGCACAUAAAAAUUAGAAUCAUUAAUAAAUAGUCAUAUGUCUAAUUAUGUUAAUAAGUUUCUUAUAGUAUCGUACGCGCUAGACUAUAUUAAAUAUUGUUGCAUUGAAAUAAGGUGUAAUUUCAAAUAAGAGCUUUAAAUAUCGUGUUGUUUCGAAUGUGUAUUAUUCAUAGUGUCGGCCUCUACAUACGUGGUGAAUGAUUCAUGCUGAGGAAUAUAUAUCGGAACGUAGCAGAUUACAAAAAAUCACGACUCUGAACUGCUCCAUGGAAACUGUAACAACUGUUCUAGUUUCACAACUGACCGCAUCGGCUUAAUGAAACACGAAACGUGCUCUUCUCGUAUCUAACAUAUAGUCUUAACCUUUAUAAGAGAGAGAUAGCGUGGACGGAAUGGCGGUCGGAGAUUGAUGGCUAAUAUGGAAGGCUGUAGAAUUUCUGGCAAUAAUAAUAGUAGUCAAUCUUCGAGUGGUGACAGUCGCAUUAUUGAUAGAUAGAUAGAUACUAAUGGUAGUGGAAUUAAACAAAAAAAAAAUCUACUAACCAGUGAUAUGGACUUCCGCAAAAUAACACCAAGUACAGUUAAAUUGUUUUAAAAUAUUUCAAAAUGUUUAUUCACAUCUCACAUUAUCUGAAAUUUUAAAAUUUAAAUUGGAUCUUAUUGCAAAUAAGCCUAAAGUAUGUUGUCAAAUGCUAUCGCCGCUGUAUAAGUGGCUCGUAUUUUUUUUUCACAGUUACCUUAUUGAUGGGGUAACUAGAGCUUUUACUGUGUUAUAUUCCUUCCCUGGCGAAACUGAGAACUUACUAGGCUCAGAUAAUCCAGAGAUACGAGGUUUGUAUCCCGUCGCAUCUACCUUUAUGUUAUAAAUCUAAAAUUAAAGUGAGUGAUUUUAAAGAAUUAGUAAUAUCAUUUUUUUGGCACUGUUGAGAUAUCGUUUUUGCAAUAUUUACCAAAGAAUAGCAUAAUCUUUUAUAAUAUUGAUAUACUUAUAUUUAAUAUAAAAUGAAAUCAUACUUGUCUAUUUAUUCAUGAAGUAAAUUCUAUUUUCUCAAACAUGCUUGGAAAUGUGAGCAUUAUUUUGACAAUCUUCUUCGAGAUAAAUCGAAAUUGCCGUACUGGCAAGAUACAUGCGGGCAGCGGCCGGCAAAAGUUGUAUGAAAAUCCAUAUCUGUCGUGUUUUGCGGCCAGAUAAAUUACUAUGUAACUCAUAUCUGUCCUGUAAUUUAAAUAUGGAAUGACCUUUUACACGAAACAUGGCUACCAAGGAGGUAACUAAUAAAAGGUUUUAUUUAAAUUUCGAAAUGGCUUGCAAAUAGAAAGCUUGUUAUUGAAAAAAAACAAAGGAACAUUAUGGCGCGUGAAAAAUUAUUAUUGUUCGUUAUUCGUCAUUGAACUUAAAAAGAAAAAUUGUGUUUUUGAUUUCCACUCAUUGUUUGAGAAAAGUACUAUACAAGCCUUGGCCACAACUAGGCAUUGAUGGACUCACGUAUGUGUGCCUCGGCUACACCUCGGCCCACAUUUGCACGUUCGUCCAUCAAUGCCUCAGUUGCUGGCCGCUGCAGUAAUCUACUAUUCAUGUUAUUAAUUUUUCUGUUAUGCUUGUAAAUAAGAUCUGUGUAAAUUAAAAAAAAAUGUGUAUUAUCAUAUAUUUGAUUCAAAAUUCAAAUUAUUAAAUACUAGCUUUUACCUACGACUUCGGCCGCGUGACAUGUUUACUUAUCGGGAUAAAAAGUAGCCUAUAUACUUCUCCAUCACAUAUAGUAUGUAUAUAUCAAAGUUCAUAGUGAUUUCAUAGGUCAGUUAAGUUGUUAAUGCGUUAUAAGGUAACAAACAAACUCACUUUUACCUUCAAUAAUAUGUUGAUUAAUAAAAUGUGGUAUAAAAGGCGGGUUUAAUGCUAUAGGCAUUAUCUACCAGUCAACAUUUAGGAUUCGCAAGAGAUACUCGUUUUAUAUCUUACACUAUGAAUUUAUUUACAAUCUUACGUAUUACCCAUUUUAAUUUUUUUUACAAUUCAAUUAAUUUCUUGUAAAUACAUAUGAAAAUCUGUAUUUAAAAUAGCCAUUGUUUAGAGAAGUUACGUCAAAUUAUAUGUAUAUAAGUAAUACAUUGUAAGUUGUUAUAAAGGAAAGGAUUAACGCGCCCCUAUUCGGAUAGAAUAUAAUAUUAAAACUAUUAUAAAUAUUUAUCUAUUUAUUCAUUUAUUGCACACCAGUUUUUUACCUACUACUUUGUACCCGUGAAUUUCAGAAGUAGUGAAACCAAUUUCAGGUAGUUCAUGUAGAGAAUAAUUAAUGCAUUAACAUCUUUAUAACCUCACGAUGCAUUAAUAAACAAUUAAACAAAUUAAAUAAACUAUUUCUAUAUAGAUAGCGUGUCAAGAUAAAACAUUUACCAUCUUAGUAUGUUAAAGCCUUAAGAAUACAAAUAUGAAAACUGUAUUCUAUUUAGUGGAGCAAGAUUAGUGUGAUACUAGAACAAACACACAAAAACAAAAUUUCUAAAAAUUAUUGUUUUUAACCAAUUCAAUUGCAAUUUUGUUGUAUUUUUUGUUAGUUACCGCCUAACAGUAACUGUUUUUUUUUUAGUACGUUUGUUCCUUUUUUUUUUUAGUACAUUUGUUCCUUUUUUUUAGUACGUUUGUUCCGUUGUGGAACAGGCUAAGGUCGAAGACCAUGCUGCCUAGUAUUUAAUAUGAUAAAUUGUCUGGUAUUUCACGUUUGUUCCGUUGUGGAACAGACUAAGGUCGGAGACCAUGCUGCCUAGUUUUCAAUAUGAUAAAUUGUCUGGAAUUUCACGUUUGUUCCGUUGUGGAACAGACUAAGGUCGGAGACCAUGCUGCCUAGUUUUCAAUAUGAUAAAUUGUCUGGAAUUUUACGUUUGUUCAGUUGUGGAACAGACUAAGGUCGGAGACCAUGAUGCCUAGUUUUCAAUAUGAUAAAUUGUCUGGAAUUUUACGUUUGUUCAGUUGUGGAACAGGCUAAGAUCGAAGACCAUGCUGCUUAGUCUUCAAUAUGAUAAUUUGUCUGGAAUACACUAACUGUGUGUAUCUGUCAGUUGUAAAGCGAUUUGGAAAAUUGUUAUUAUUUUUUUUAUUUGAAAGGAUAUAUUUACAGGACAUAUGAUCCCAUAGAAAUUUCAAUAAAAUUAGUUCAGUGAUGUAGUUUUUAAAUCGAAAUAACUGAUGUUGCUACAAAUGAAUUUGGUUUUAUUUGUGGAACACUAUAUUAAUUGUGGCUUUUAUUGAUCUUACUAAGACCCCUUGCAUAAUUUUUUCUGAAAUAUCUUCCAUAUGCAGAUGUCGUCUACAUACAUAUCCGUCACGCCUGUCUCCCAUUAGGGUAGGCAGAAACAAUGGAACGCCAAAUGAUUCCAUGCUUCUUGUUUAUUUUUUAUCUUCCUUAAUACUUUACUUACAAUAUCAAUGCACAAUGUUAAUUAGAAAAUAAUUAAGAAAUUUUAAAUGUAUAUCGAUGCCUGAAUUAACAUUUAAACAAUUAUUUUUAUCUUUCUUAAGAAUUUUUUUUAUUUUUAAGUAUGGAUCUUUAUUAUACGUAUACUUAGCUCUCUUCUUUAUAUGCAACGAAGAUGCCAAAAAGCAUAUGGUUCUCUUGAUAGUAACUGGUUAUCGUAGCGUAUAAACAGUGUAAGAUAUAGAGGAGUUAAUUUCUAUUUAGUUGUAAGGCCUUAAUCUAAUCAAAGAUUUUUUUUAGUAGAAAUCAACACAAAUUUAUAUUAAGUAUAAUGUAUUAAAAUUUUUUGUAGUUGGCAACACACCCUUGAUAUUACAGGUGACCAUAGACUACAGUAAUCGUUUACCAAUAGACGGACUUUAUUCUUGAUUGUCACGAUAGUAUUAUAAAAAAAAACCUUGACUUACAUUUUUAAAUUUUUUGGCCGUCAGUUUUAAACCUAAAUAAUACUGAUUUACAGAAGAAGGUAUUUAACAAAUACAUUGUAUUGUAUUUUUGCAUUUAUUUCUCGCUUAUCUCGCGAGAUUAUAGAGUGAUACAUCCGUUCAAAAUAGGGGGGCGAUUUAUCUGCAUUUAGCGGCUGUUAAAUAUAAAAAAAGACAUGAAGAUAUUAGAAAUGUAGCUUUUGCAUUAACAAUUGUUAAAUAAGUAUUCCAUUAUGUUAUUAAUUUGCCAAAUAAAUUAUGUAUUUAAUGUAAAUUAAGCUUUAAUUUUUUGGACUUUGAAUAUAAAGAAAAUGUGUUGUCAAAUUUGUAUGUAUACGCUUUGAACUAGUCCUAAUUCUUAUUUUAAAAAUAAAUAUUAUGUUUUUAUUGUAUCAAUUGAUAUAAGUUUUUUUUUAAUCGUAAUUGUCAAUGGUUAGGUGUCAUAGUACCAUAAAUAUUCUGCUAUCCUAUUAUAAAUGCUAUAUGUUCAUAUGGGCCUAAAAGACUAAUAUUUGGUCUACGAUAUAAUAAUUAUUAGUCACUCAUAUAUUUUAUUAUUGAUUUGUUAAGUUUUAAGUUAUUGAAUAAUUGUGAUUUAUAUAAGUUAUAUUUACGUAUAAAUAAUAUAUAAUGGUAGAUUAUAAUUAUUAUAAAUUAAAUCAUGUGAUAAAAUCACACUAUACUAUGCACAUUAAAUGUAUAAUGUACUUAGCUGGUUUUUUUUUAUUUACUUUUAAAUAAGUAAUUAUAUUAUGUUAUUAUAUUUGCAGUAAACUAAUAAAAAUGAGAAACUAUACCGUUAAUAUUUUUUUAAAAGACUGGAUAGCCGACAUUAGAAAAUUUAUAAAGAAAAAUUACACUACUUUGAAAUAAAUUCGAAGAGAUUGGUUUUGGAAUUGUGACGUAUUGCACUCAAAUUGGUAUCAAUUGUGCAUUGCCAUUAAAGGAAAUAAAAUGUUAUAACUGAUUUAUUUAGUACUCUUAUUUUUAAUUAAAUUUAUGAAUAUUUUUGUAAUUUUUCAAAGCAAUCAGUAAUAUUAAUUCUAACCUAAUUUAUAAAUGCUAACUGUGGAAUUUCAAGAGUACGGUAUAAAAUUGUCAUUGGCAGUAAAUUGGAUUGUAAUCGAUAUAGCCUCCUUAGACAAAGUACAAACGAAUCUAUUGAUACUGCUUACGUGAGAAAUAACAAGUCGCCGGUUAUCGCUAUAUCAGUCUAUCUCUAAGGCUUGCUAGCGAUAACGAUUCUACCAAUAGAUUCAUUUAUACUUUGUCUAAAUAAGAUUAAAGAGUACACCUACAAGUCGAUCGUUAUUUAAACUAGUUCAUUAUUUUUUAUUUCAGACAGUUUUGAGUCCAUUUUUGUUAGUACGUGUACCUACUUAAAACUAUGUUUGUACUUAAUCAUUAAUAAUGAUCUAGUCCUCUGGGCAAGCAUUCGCACCAGACUAUCUUGAUUUAUUUACAAACAUGUUCCGGAUACUGUUGCCACUCCCGCGUGUUUUUUUUUUUACAAAAAUAAAGCCAUCUUUUUUCGCCAGACAGCGUCAAAGCUAUCUGUGCGGGCUUCGGCAAAUAUCGCUGAGGCACUAGAGAAUAAAAGGAGUCUCGACAGCAACCCGAACGUGUUAUUAAAUUGGAUUAUGAGGGUGUAUACUAGGUGACGGUAUAAACGACAGUUCAUCUUUCCUAAUAUUCCAUGUACUAAAUAUAUUUACAUUACAUCUCCAUACAUGUAAAACAUGUAAGAAUAUUAACUUUUGAAGUUGAGUAUCUACUAAAUUAUUAUUAUCUUAACAUUUCAAAUUAUUAUUAAAUUUGUAAAUGGCA